AUGUCAGCCCAAGACGGAGAUACGUCAAGCCGUAAGCAGAGACGUGCUCCAAUGGCCUGUGAAUUCUGCCGACGUCGCAAGAUGAGAUGUAAUAAUGAGAAGCCUACAUGUCGAAAUUGCAAAGAGCAUGGAAGAGACUGCAUCUAUUACGAGCUGGAGAAAAAGCCGAGACCUUCCGUCGCUCGAAUUUCUCAACUAGAGCAUGAAAAUCGGGAGUUGCAAAACGAAGUAUUAACGCUAAGACAACGCUUACGAAACACUCACGACUCCAGCACAACCUGCUCCGUCAGUGGAAACCAUCAAUCCCCGAUCCUAGCACUUGGCAAUGGAUCAAGCGAGGGGCCUUCCAUGACAUGCAGGAGGUCCUUGGCAUUGUUAAAUCGACCCCGAGAUCACAAUCCUGUACGGGCUUCAAGAGUGUGCUCAACAUCAGAGCGAGCAUUUUCUCCAGACAAAGAUUCUUGCUAUCAUGGUCCAACAAGUGCCGUCUUUGAUGAAAAGUCUACCGAAGCUGCAAUUCGACAAGGUUCUGCCACCGUCACGAAAGUCUCAGAUCUGUGGAUCAAACGCCAGUUAGUAGCGGAGUCCGCGAACCAACGUCAACUAGAGACUGUCAACUUUCUCGCCGGCAAACUCGACUUUGAUGGAAUUGAUCCGGAACUAGGGAUGCAUCUUCUAUCCAUCUACUGGAGUAGGCAACAGUCCUCUGGUCCCGUCGUAUAUCGCCCUGCUUUCAUGCGCGACAUGGCUUGUGUCGGACCUUAUUUCUCCAAAUUGCUGCUCAAUGCAAUCUAUUUCUAUGCAUGUAAAUAUACAUCAAGGGUAGAAGUCCGCCACGAUGCAAGCAAUCAACUCACAGCAGGAUGGGCUUUUAGACAGAGGGUUGUUGAACUACUUCGAAAUAGUUUCGACAAGAGUGACAUCCCCACCAUCCAGGCAUUACUCCUUCUGUCGAGUGCUCUAUUUUCCUGGUGUGACGAGAAGAGUGUAUCAUGGCUGUAUGCUGGGAUAGCCUUCAGCAUGAUUAUCGACCUAGGCUUAAAUGUUGAUGCUGGCGCCGCAACAUCGCAGCGACGAUUCUCCGUCGAAGAAUCAGAGAUACGCCGCCGAGUCUUUUGGGCUGCCUAUGUCAAUGACAAGCUUCAGUCACUUUCCCAAGGGAGACCUGCCCUUCUUGCGGACUCCGGUACUAGUCUUCCAUUAUCUUUCCUGGAUGACCACGAUGAGCUCGAGUUGUUCAAUGCACUUUCCUACACAGAAAACUCGGCGUCUUUGAUGACACCAGUAUAUAGUAUUUCCACGUUCGCAGAGUUCUGCAAGUUGAGUAUCAUACUUGACAAAAUUCUCUCAAACUUCUACAUGGAGAAGAGUAGCUCUCGAGAUCCCACCGAUCUACUUAAUGCCUCUAAAUCGCUUCAUGCAGAGCUCGAGAACUGGCGAAGGUCUUUGCCUACGCAUCUGGAUAUCAAGAUUGCCGAUCGGGCCAGAAUCAAACUGCCUCAUUUCUUGUCUCUGCUGGCGUUUUUCAACGUAAUAGUCAUAUUGCUUCACCGGCCAUUUGUUUCGGAUGGACAUCUUCAGUCGACAUCUUCCUCCAAUGCUCUACAUGCAUUUUCAAUAUGCUCUGUCGCUGCUUUCGAAAUAGAUCGCAUUCUUGAAAGCUACAAGCAAAAUUAUUGUUUCGGAACCUCACCACACAUUAUAUCGUACGCCACAUAUGUAAGUGCGACUAUUCACGUCCGCAUAGCUGCCCAACGGCCUCGUGGGUCUGAUGCGCAUUGUGCUCUUCGGAGAUGUCUAGAUAUUCUUGAUAUCCAACAAUCUGUGUGUUGGUCGCCCAGACGGGCCAAGAAAGUUAUCGACGCUUUGAUCUCACGAAUGGGUGUCGUUCUUGACCAUGGAGAAUUUGCUGGAAGUUUUGAGUCAAUUUCCUCGAAUAUCAACAUUGAUGCAAUCAUAAGGACCUUUGAAAGGGAACAAUGUAUUCCAGAGACCCAGACUGUUCCAUUUGACAAUGGAGAGGUUACGGCACUCCAUCUAAACUCUACGCUGCGAACGCCAGACGAUCCCAUAAAUCCAUCCAUUGGGCUUGAAAUGCCGGCGAAUGUUGGCGAUAUGAGCUUCCUUUAUGAUCCUAUCUUCGGAUUCAAUGGAUCUGCUUUUGAUGAUCUUGAUGAUCUCGACUUCGAAUUUGAGUCUCCUUUUCUUUGA